UUUUCAACAUGGCGUCAGACGAAGAAACUGUAUAUUGUUUAUGUCGAAAACCUUACGAUGAAAACGAGUUUAUGAUCGAAUGUGACAUAUGCAAGGAUUGGUUUCACGGAAGCUGUGUUGGGGUUCAGGAGUACCAAGCCACAGACAUUGAGAUUUAUCACUGUCCCAACUGUCAGCUAGCUCAUGGACCUCUAGUCUUGAAGAAAAGAAGAAACUGGCACAGACAUGAUUAUUCUGAACAUGAUGACUCAGGGAAGGCUGUUCAGACAGGGACAGUGGUUUUCAUCAAGGAACUCAAAAACAGGACAUUUCCAAGUGCGGACGAGAUUCCUAUAGCCAGGCUUCAUGGCAGCGAGUUAAAUAUAGAAUACUUCAGAAAGCAUGGAUUUAGUGCACCCAUGGUUGUAGAGAAGAAAGAUGGAUUGGGACUGGUUGUCCCCCCUGCUCAAUUCACCAUUCAGGAUGUAGAGAAUUAUGUUGGUUCCAUGAGAGAGGUGGAUGUCAUUGAUGUAGCCAAGCAAGAAGACUACAAAAUGUUGAUGAGAGAAUGGACAGAAUAUUACAACAGUCCCAAUAGACACAAAGUCUACAAUGUUAUCAGCCUAGAGUUCUCCAACACUAAGUUGUCUGAGUUUGUCUCCCCGCCAUCGAUAGUCAGGGAGCUGAGCUGGGUCAGUAACUACUUCCCCGAGCAGUUACCCGAGGACUGUACCUACACUCGCCCCGAGGUCCAGAAGUACUGCCUGAUGGGGGUCAGGGACAGCUUCACCGACUUCCACGUAGACUUUGGAGGGACGUCCGUUUGGUACCACAUCCUGAGGGGGGAGAAAGUGUUCUACUUGGUGAGACCCACCCAGGCAAACUUGUCGCUGUAUGAGACCUGGGUGUCCUCGGCCAAUCAGAGCGAGACGUUCUUCGGUGACCAGGUAGAUGUGUGCUAUAAGUGUGUCAUCAAGCAGGGACAGACUCUGUUCAUCCCCACCGGGUGGAUCCACGCUGUCUUCACCCCCAUCGACUCCCUCGUGUUCGGAGGGAACUUCCUGCAUGACUUCAACAUUUCCUUACAACUUCAGGUGUACGACAUAGAGAAAAGAAUAAAGACCCCGUCCAAGUAUCUGUUCCCAAGCUUCGAAACCACUCACUGGUACGCUGCUAAACAUGUGCUGGACACAAUCAAAGAUUACACAGAGGAGGGUAGGCGGCCCCCGGAGUACCUGCUGAGUGGUGCCAAGUCACUGACCAUGCACCUUAAGUCCUGGACACAGCGCAAAGACUUAAACAACUCCUAUCUCUUUCUGAAGGAUGCGAAACACGACGUUCCGGAGCACCUAAACUAUGGUCGCCUACUGAAGGACCUUCAGAAGGAGAUCCGUGCAUUCGACAAGGAAAUUCGCACGUCUGACAGUGACCUCCAGAGGGAGCUGCUGUCCUUCCAGACCUCACCAAAGGUCAGUCCUGUGAAACUAAGGGCAAAAGGUAAUAAGUUAAAGGUAGAGAAGGUGAGAGGGGAUAGGAAGAAAAAGAAAAAAAAUCUCCCGACCAAGAAACAGAUGAAGAAUAUCGAUCUUCUUCAUCAGCACACCACUGAGGCCUUACAAGCAAUGGAGGAGGAACAGAAACAGUCCUACUCCAAUACAGAUGAUGAUUCUAACUCAACUUCUCUGAAAGUGAGAAUUCCAAAGGCGGGAGCUUACUUAGAUUCCUCACUGAAGAAAGAGAGGUUUGUUAAGCUGGAUCCAGAUAUCAAACAGGAAGUCGAGGACCAGGGAACGGGACUUAAACUGAAGGUCUCAAAAGGAAAAAUCAUCAGUGAUGGAAAAGAGAAGUUAGGCCACUCAAGUCAUCCCAGAAGGAAGGGCGAGAACGAGGAGAAUGACAGCGACUCUGAUAAUCUGGUCGUGGAUGAGAAUCCCCGAAAAAACAAGAGGCCUAUGGGAUCUCCCUCCUCAGCCUCCACCAUGAAACCAGGCUCCCUCAAACUCAAGUUGUCAUUUGCUGGUAAGGCAUUGCCGUCAGACCUAUCCUCGGGACAAGGAAGUACCCAGGAGUCUGAGACAGCCACAAGUCAAAGCGAGGCUGAGGACGCUGGGGGGAUUCCCCGGGCGAACCUUCCCACAAUUCAAGGCGGGCUCAACUGUAGUAUAUCAGACAUCUUGGAGGCCAGUGGUUAUGGAACAGAGACGGAUUUCAUUGUAGACAAUGAAAGAACGUCCUCACCAAGCAUGCGCGAUGCCAUACAGGGCAUGCUGUCCAUGAGUCGGAUGGGCGACGAUAGGCAGCAACUGUUCCGUAACAAGCGCUCGGCCGCGGCUCAGCGACUCCAGCAGCGGAACCAGAUGAUCAUGGAGGAGGAAGCCAAACUGGAGCAGUGUUAUAAAGACGAGGAGUUCAUAUACCCUGGACUUGAUUUGUCUGAUGAUGAAAUGGAACAGACACGUGACAACAAAAGAUCCAGGGACGAUAAUUGGAAUCCCAAAGCUAGAGUUCAGGUGUCAGGGGUCAAGGGUGAGCGACCACACAGAGAGGGAGUGAAGAAGGAAGCCGUGGAGCAGGUGCUUGCUGCAGCAGCUGCAAAGCCAGCCCCAUCAAAGCCAAAGAAGCCGAGGAAGCGGUUAAAAUCGGAGAGUUUUUCUGAGAGUGAUCCCAGCAGUGUGCCAGGAACUGCCUUAUCUUCCUCUGCUCCAGGUUCAGCAUUCCGUCCAAACCUAGUCAAACCAGCCAAACCUCAGGGUGAAAUGUCAAGUCCAGUCAAAGCCAAAAAACCAAAGAAAGGAUUAGCAACAGCAAAACAGAGACUCGGGAAAAUCCUAAAAAUCAACAAGUUAGGAAUGUUUUGAUCACAUAUGUCUUCUUCAACUGUCAGUGUGCAAUCUCUGGAAUCCGACAGCCUUCCUAAUUAACUGUUGUAAUAAGAAAAGAAACAAUCAGAUGUGGAUACACUGCUACUUGACAAAGAGCAGGGAGACUUAGGAUAGGACCAUUCUCCGGAUUGUUUUUUGUUUUAAACUAACAGCUGUGACAGCUUAUUUUUUAAGUAGAAUUGCCCUGUUGUGAGGUUAUGGGAAUUGUUUCUUAAAUUGAAGUUCAUUCUUCUGAAGAUACUAUAUUUUAUGCCACAUGCAUUAUAUUUAUACCAGACUUGUGUUUUGUGCAGGAGUUAUACUAAACUCUAGACAGGGACUGUUUUCUACUACAGUCGCCUCCCCUUCGUUGUGUCUGCUAUGCAGAUAUAUAGAGGACAGUGUUGGAACUUUGCAAUAACCGAGAUCUCAGGACUCCACAAUGUUCUAGGCUUCAUCACCUGUCAACUCAUUCAUUAUCAGUCAUUAAUACAAUCAGUUAUUUGUGGUGGAUGCCAGCUCUGUUUUCAUUGCCCCUCUGCUUCUUAAAUUCUGAUUUGAAUUUUGAAAUAUCAGUUUUGGUUCUACCAUAGAGUUAUAUGAACAGAACCAUUUUAAAUGUUUUUAUUUCUAGUAAUGCUACCUAAUGAUUUGUUUAUGAAGUGUCUGCUUUUUCUUUGUUGGUUUUAAUUAACAUUUGUUAAGACUAUUUAUUUAGAAUAGAUAAAGUGAAAAGUGGCAAUGCAGAUAUUGGAUAAAGACUUUUGGGGACGAAGAAACGUAUGUACAUACAGAGUAUAAAUGAUGCUCAGUUUAGAAUCAGUGGGAGGGUGUUGUUGAAAUAAUUUACUGUACUAUUAGUACUACGUGAGAAACAGGUACUAUUUAAUAACUUUUGUGGGUUAAUUUAUUGUAAAGAUAAACUUGUGGUCUGUUAUUAAAUUAUGCUUAUUUAUUAGUCAUUUUAAGAUUAAAUGAGUGUUAAUAUAUUAUAUUUUUGUUGAUAUUACAUUAUAUUUAUAUUGUUUAUCAUGUGUAAAUACAGAGGAUUUGGCAGUUUUUAAUUUUCAGAAAAUAAUCAAAAUAUUUUAAUGUGUCUUAUUUGUAUAAUACUGUCCAGUUGUUUUGUUUCCAUUUGAUUUUGUUGUUAGAUGUUAGAGAGAGAGAGAGAGAAAGAGAGAGAGAGAGAGAACUUGACAUCUGUUUGUCAUUUUAGGAUGAAAAAAUUAUUUUUAAUUAGUUUUCAAAUAAUGUACUAUUUUUCACUUAAAUAUGACAGUAUCAUAUUUAUUAUUAUAAGUUUUCUGUCAACACUUUUUUCAUAUCUAUUUUUUUCUCAGCCCAUCUUUUUCUCAAUAAGGGUACUGUGGCAAUACAUUCUGUCAUGUAAUGUUUUUUAAAGUAUUGCACAAAAGAUAAACAACAGUUGGCGGAGCUUGAUGCACAUUAUAUUCCACGCACAACUUUACAGAGCUACAAGUGUUGCUUAUUCCUCAAGUAAUGGUUAUGUCUGUUAGGUACAGGCCAACACCUUAUAAAAUAAGUACUUUAAUUGUCAUUUUGUACAAUGCUACACGGCUUCAGUAAAUCAGUAUUUUUUCUGCUUUUUAUUGAUAAUUGCACUGAUACAUGUAAAUAUGACAUGUACCUCUUGAAAAUGUAGAAAUCAAUUUAGAUUUAUAAUAAAAGUAUAUAGCAAUAGUACGUAAAAUGUAACAGCAGCUUUAUUAGCAAGUGCUGCAUUGUUUGUACAUCUGCUUUUUCAAUGUAGGUUUAAUUGACCAAGGCCUAAAGAAUUUUCUUCAUUUUUUUUUCUCAAUUUGAAAUGAUAAAAUAAUUCACUGUUUAGUUUUUAUUUUUUUCUGAUCAAGGCUGUACUUACAUUUUAAGCAUUAUCUACAAAAUACUUCAUUUUAAUUUCAUAUAUUACCAAAUUAUUUUAUCACUUAUGUACAGAUUAUGGACUAUUUGUUCAGAAGCCAGCAAUAAUUUCACUUUGAUGACAAAGUUGUACAAUGUACACGUAGUUUAAAAUCUUUUAUAGAUCUUGGCCUAUGGUUUGUCACUGAACUCAUGGCAUUCAUCUACAUGUAUCUGUAACCAUUGAUCUAGUUGACAGACUUUGUACUUUCUGCUACAGGUACCCUCGGACAGGCAGCAAACAUCCCACAUUGUACAGUGUGUAAAUAAACCACAUAUCACAUCACUA